AUGGUAACUUUGACAAUGGAUGAUGAAAAUCUUGCUCAAGCGGAUGAAGCUCUUUACGAGAAUGGAAAUCUAGUUGAUAACGAGCCAUUCUAUGAAAAUUUUGCAGCGAUUCAAAAUGAUCUUCGACGUCAAGAUGAACAAAUACAAAUGAAUACAUCUUUGCAGCUAAUCAAUCGAAAAGAUCCAAUAGAACGUAUUCAAACUGAACCUUUUCAUCUGAAUGAACCAUCGCAUACUGUUACCAACAGUGAUCGUCGUUCGAGAAGCAGGAGCAGUUCAUCAGAUCAAUCAACCACGUGCAGUGUAAGUCCGGAACGAAGUAUUCAACAGGCUCAUACCAACAUCAAUAAACAAUAUUUUCAAAACUGGUAUUGUGAUCGAUAUCUGCGUGCUGCACCUCCAACUCAGUAUAAUCCAAUAAAUCACUUUUAUAAGAAAGCAACGCAGAAGUUAGAUAAUUAUCCAACAAGUACUGUUAGUCAGCCGUCCGUCAACACGAUGAACAUAGUUAAUGAACCAUUGGAUGAAGAAAGUUUUGAAAAUCGAAUUAGUCGAAUGUAUGGGUUUGACGAUGCUGAAAGUGCUAGCUCAGUGUCCAGUCGACAUUCGUCUGUUGAGCGAGAAAGCUCACCUAUAUUUUCAGAACGGUCUAUAACACCGAGAGACUUUAAACCUGUUCAACAAUUAAAACCCAAGCAAAUCACGAUACGAGAAUAUUUUUCACGAAACGAUUUACAAUCAUUGACAGUCAAUGGAUCGAUAGGUUCGCCUUCUCAACGAAAUCUGGAAGAGAAUUGCUGUUACGGACGAGUCUUACGCGAUCAUCCAGAUGUACUCAGAGAUCCCGAUCCAGAAAUUGUUAGAAGACCGAAUCCCGACGACAUUAUUUACAAUCGAAACGUAACUAUUCGUUAUCUGUGUCCACCAACACCUCCUCCUCCGGGUCCAUUGAUUAUUCGAGAAAUUUUACGUCCAUGUGAUCGAUCACCUUCUCCAUUGGUUAUCGAACACGAUCAACUGGAGCCGCCUACACCACCUCCUCUGAUUCUUCGCGAGAUUCCACCGACACCUCCACCUCCGGGUCCUGAAACCAAAAUCAUUACGAAAGUCGUUGCCAAAGCACCUCCACCACCGCAACGUCUCUUUGUUGAACAUAUGCCUGCAUUACCCCCGAAACCUCAAUCAAUAAUAAUCGAAAAAUGGCUACCCUACAAGCCACAACCGCCACGAGCAGUGAUCUACGAACGUGUUGUUGACUCUAAUAUUCAAUCGGAAUUUCAACCUGCUGAUAAACCGGUUGUUCACAGACGUCGUACUUCGAGAUCAACGUCUCGUGCACCGAUCCCUGUUCAUAUUGAAAGGCAUAAAUCGUUCGAUUGUAUUGCGAGAGAACGACCCAUCUCUACGUUCGAUGAAUUCGCUCGAUCGACGCAACAAGAGUUGGAAUGUUUACAACAACGAUCUCGAAAACAAAUUCACGCUCAACAACAGUGGAUGGCUAAUCAACAGCAACACAUGAACAUGUGCGCAUUGUUGCCAUUAGUUACUCCACCACUUGUGAUCAAUCAUGCUCCAGUUACGAAAACGGCAAGCCUGUAUACAUAUAAUGAAAACUUUCAGCAACCAUUUUUUUGUGCUCAACCCUAUAUGUAUCCAUCCUUCAUGUAA